UCCUUCGUAACAUGGGAUUCUUAAAAAUGCCAUCAUAGAAGUAUUUACCCCUUUCGCUUAUUUAAACCAACUGCCUUAUGCUCUCAUAACCGGUCAGACGCCUCCUUGUAGUCAAGAUGGCACGGUCUCUCCAUCUCCCAUCCUCUCUUCCCCAUUCUCUCUAGCAAUCAGAUCAUGGCCGCGGUACUAUCCAUAAACUCGUUGCCAUACGAGGUACGCCAGGAAAUUUACUCUCUCAUCGUGCGGCAAACUGACUCUCACUCUCGGGACAGUGGCUCGGUACCGACGCUUGCGCGGUAUGCUACUGUCUCCAGAAGGUGGCAGGAGGAAUUCGUGGAACCUCUCACAUUUAAAGAGCUUCGCGUCACUCCGAGGCGUCUCAAGGAUUUUAGUGAUAUAGUUACUUCAACGCGACGCAGAGCUCUUGUAGAGACGAUUCACUUCCAUGUUUCUCUCGAUAGGUAUGAACAGUAUCUGGACAGCGAGCAGGAAACGUCGGCGGAGAGACGACGGAGCGCCGAGAUCCUGGUAUCGGCUCUCAAGAGCAUGUUUCGGGCGAUGAUACUUUGGCGAAAGAGCGAGACCUCGCCUCGUGGACUGGAUCUUCACCUCAUCGUUGAUUCACCUAGUGAUUCUUCGACGCUCAUCGGCAGGAAGGGAGGUCUCUUAGUGACAGCGCGGGCUCUAACGUCAUACUUAAAAAUUGACACCGAGACGCUAUCACUGCCAUACUUGGAUGUUUUCAGUGGUUUCCGAUGUACUGGAAGACACUUGCAACCAACCUCUGCUUUGGCUAUCGCAUCUAGACUUCGGACAUUGGAAUAUCUCGACCUCGAGCUUAACCACGACUCAACCCGCAACAGAGAUAUCGAACAAAGGAACAAUUUCGCCUUGGGUCUCGAACAGUACGCAGAAACCGUUAGGGUCCUGAACCUGCAUCGACCUAGCCCGAUGCUGACAACGUCUCCUUCGCCACAAAAACAGCCAUGGUCAGAGUUCUACGUCAAAAUGCGAGCUUUCAGCCAACAGUGCGAAUCGCUCGAGUUUGACGACUGUAUUGACGCGAUCCAGUUCUUCGCACCGUUUCUUAUAGGCCCCACGGCGGAGAGAACGCUCAGGGGCCAGGAAGCGCCGCUGUGGAUGCGAUUGAAGAGGCUUAACGUGCGAAAUUCGUACAUGGUGAAGGCGCCGUAUCUACGCGUAGCCAACAGGGCUGAGGCUCUAGCGUCCAUUCAUAAAGUCAUAGUAGCCAUUGGUCGCGCUACAUCCCGAAUGCCGGAGCUUUUAUUUGCGCGCGUGUCUCAGUAUGUCCUUACAGAUGGGCAGCUGGAGUGGUUUGUCCUCACAUACGAGUCCCAUGCUGGCAAAGCUGUCCUGCGGGUUAGGGGUUUCGUGCCAAGUAAAGCUAUCGCUGGAGCCUGGAAACAUGCUACCACCACUAAAAGUCUGGAAUUUGAUAUUCGUCAUGAAAAUGAUGAUUCUAACGUGCCUGAGUUAUGAUAUUUGCACUUUAACGAGCAGGGUCUUACUAGCCCACGAAAAGCGGAGAGCUAGUCCGAGAUCAUGUAGUUAGAUAUGUACCUAACUUUGGUUUUCAUAUGAACGUUGAUAUAAAUAUGAC